AUGGUCACCCGCCAUCAUUCGCCGAGUGGAGAGUCAAGUGGAGGGGACAUUGUGGAGAAGCAAGACGCGCACGAUGGCCACUCUCCAGGGCCGGAAGCCGUGUUGGAUGUGCCCAGUAAUGACCAGCAGGAAAGCAACCGGCCGAAGCCGACUCGCGCGGGCCAGACGAAUCCACUAGGGCAGGAGAGAGCCAGCCAGGAGGAGUUCCAACAAGGGAUCGGCUGUGGUUCGCCAGUCACAGAGAGGAACAGCGGAGUGGCCGGCAACGUUAUUGGUAUUCGGGUUCCCGUCAAAAGUGGCAAACCCGGGCACGAGAAUGCCGAAAAUGACGUUCCUGGCUCGGUAUCCGGGGCAUUUUCUACGAAUCUCGGGUCCGAUUGA